GUCUGUCAGGAUUACAGAAGAAUUCCUCGUACACAUUGAAUUUACCUUUUACACCGUGAAAUGGCCUUGUGACUCUGCAAACGAUGGUGUUUUGUGUCUGCAUUGAUUGGUUGCCUGGCUGACCCGCAAGAGAAUUAUUAAGUAUGGAAAAGGAGGACAUCCAGGUAGGAGGAUCUCUCACAGAAACCACUUCUGACCCACUGAUCCCCGUCCUGCGCAUCACCCAGCUGGAUGCUCUCGAGCUCGACUCAGCCCUGGAGCAGCUGCUGUGGACCCAGUUCUCCCAUUGCUUCCAGAAUUUCCACCCAGGCCUUCUCACGCCUCUGGAACCUGAACUGAAGGCUUUGCUCCAGCUGCUCCUGUGGAGGUUUACGCUGUAUCCUGACAGUACCACAGUUGGUCAGUCUUUACUGAGCCUACGCUACCACAACACCCUAUCCUCAUCUAACCGCUACAAGCCUCUGUCCCAGAGGCAGAAGUUGGCUCUGGUUCUGCUAAAAGUAGGUCCUCGUUGGCUUCACGAGCGAUCCCAUAACCUCCGACUGUGCCUUGGGUUGACUUCAGGAGGCCCAGUUUCUGAAGGUUACAAAAAGACCCUCCGCAAUUCCCUGACUCUAAUUUCCGGAGUUGCCCGUCUUGCAAGCCUUGUCAAUUUUCUUGUGUUCCUCAGGAAAGGUCACCACCCAGUCCUGGCUGAAAGAAUCAUUAGAGCGCAAGCAGUUUUUAGCAAGCCAAACGUGACCCGGGACAUUACAUACCAAUAUAUGAAUCGUGAGCUGCUGUGGCACGGCUUUGCGGAGUUCCUCAUUUUCCUUUUACCACUCAUCAACACAAAGAAACUUAAGGCUACCAUAUAUUCCAUUGUGUUCGGGGGGGACAGAUGUGGUGUGGACGGUGCACAGGAUAAAGGGGGCGCGUGGCAAGAAUGCACGCUGUGUGGCGAGUGGCCGACCAUGCCUCAUAAAGUUGGUUGUCCGCAUGUUUUCUGCUACUACUGUAUCAAAAGUCAUAGUAUUGCAAACAGUUGCAUCACCUGUCCCAAAUGUGGGGCAGAGGCAACACAACUGGAGCCUGUCAAAAUAAAGGUGUUUGCCAGGCAUUAGAUGGAAGCAAAUGUGAACGUGGCACCUCUGAAAAUUGCGCCCAAUGAUGAACCAGACUUGUGGAAGUCCACAAUUCUCUUCCUGAUAUCUUGGCUGAUUGCUGUUAACAUUCCCAAGUUACACAAAGAAGCAGUGUGUUUCAGGCGUGGAAAAUUUCAAAUACAUCCACGUGUGUGUCUCUUAUUUAAAUGCUGUCAAUGAACAUACCAAAGAAAUGACAUUAUCAUUUGGGUUUUCCCAAAUUGUUUAAAGGUAUAGUAAUCCUACUGUGAACUACUGACUUUGAAGAACGUAAUGACCAAUUGCCUAAAGAAAAUAAUAAUAAUAAUUCUCUCAUUAUUCUUGCAUUUAACCAGUAGAAAUAAUUUUGGUGAUCCUAAUUGAUGUGAGACAAGAACGGUUUAGUCUGAUUUAAUGUCAGACGAGGGGGUAAAAAAAAGCUCAGGUGUCUUUUUAUAUACUAUAUGUAAACAUGUGGUUUCAACUGUGUAUAGAUGGAUACCGUAAAUAGUAUUAAGGAUUCAUUAAUAUCUUAAAGUGAGCGAGCAGGAUGUAAUGAUUUUUGACCCUCCUUUUGAUUCACAACUGUGUUUGAGUUCACGUUUUUAUUAUGUCUGUGUUUUUUUUUCUAAAUACGUUAAUGGUCAAUGGUUAAUGUAUGCGCACGCAUUGACAGUCCUCCGUUUCUCAGGCUGGACUUCGGACUGAACUAUUUGCCUUUGAUGCGCUGGACAGACUAGCGAGAACCCCACAGAGCAUAUUUGUAAUAAAAGAAUGUGUUGAUUUAUGCUCUAAAUUCUCUUGGAGUCUGUAUAUGUGUGUGUUUGUUGAAAUGGGAAUAUUUGUUCUGAUGAAAAAUGCAGAAAGUCAGCUGAAUAAAUAAUGGGAGGAAUUCCUGAUGCCUCUCAU